AUGGAUCUGAAAGUUGAAAAUGGAUGUAUUCAAGAAGAUAAUGGGUUGGGCUGGGGGAAGUCUUUGCCUGUGAAGAGUGUCCUGGAAAUAGUGAGGAAUGAUUCUCAGUCAGUUCCUGAAAGAUACAUUCAAGAACACAAGGACAGGCCAUUAGUUUCUGAGACCUUACCCGCCUCACCUGAAAUCCCAAUCAUAGAUUUCUCCUUGCUAGCCAAAGGAGAUGGAGAUGAAAGAAGGAAGCUAGACCUUGCUAGCAAGGAAUGGGGAUUUUUUCAGAUAACAAAUGAUGGUGUAGUAGAUGAGGUCCUGCACAAGAUGAAGUCAGCUGUGGCAGCUUUCUUUGCACUGCCGCUAGAAGAGAAAAAGAAGUAUGCAAUGGCAGAAAACGAUCUUCACGGAUAUGGGCAAGCCUAUGUAGUCUCAGAACAGCAGAAACUCGAUUGGUGUGACAUAAUGGCAUUGAUGACUCUCCCUCCUGAAAGCAGGAAUUUCAAGUUCUGGCCACACACGUUUACGAGGUUUCAAGUCGGAGGGGCAGUGGAAGUGUACUCGACACAAGUGCAAAAGGUUGCUGAGGAGAUCAAUGCUAACCUAUCACUAUUAAUGGGGAUGGAUAGAGAUGGUCUGAAAAGGUUGCACGGCAAGCUCAAACAACUUUUGAGAAUGAACUAUUACCCACCUUGUUCAAGGCCUGAUCUUGUUCUUGGUAUUAGCCCCCAUUCUGAUGGAGGCUCUUUAACUUUGCUUCUUCAAGAUGAUGAGAUCAUUGGCCUCCAAAUUAGGCACAAAGAAGAGUGGAUUCCUGUUAAACCAAUUCCAAAUUCUCUUGUGAUGAACAUUGGUAACGCUGUUGAGAUUCUGAUCAAUGGCAUGUACAGAAGCAUUGAACACAGAGCCAUUACGAAUGAGAAGAAAGAAAGGAUUUCGGUCACUGCAUUCGCAUUUGUAGAUGAUGAACUAGAAAUCGGUCCCCUUGACUCAAUGGUGGAUGAUCUCCAUCGCCCUAGAAUGUAUCAAAAAAUCUAG